AUGUCGUCGGCUCUCAACGCGAUCAAGAUUCGCCGCAAGAAGAAUGUCAAGAAGGGAAUUCAGUUUUGUCUGAUGGUUUGCGGUGCCAGCGGAACUGGGCGCACCACUUUUGUGAACACCCUUUGCGGCAAGCAAGUGCUGGAGGGAAAGGAUGCCGACGAUGCAGAGCAUGCCCACAUUGAGGAGGGCGUCCGCAUCAAGCCCGUCACAGUCGACCCGGCCAAGACUGACUUCUCGGAUACCACAGAGCUCGAGCUGGAUGAGGAGGGCACCCGGAUCUCCCUGACCAUCGUCGAUACCCCCGGUUUCGGUGACCAGAUUGACAACGAGGCGAGGCAUAUUGUUGGCUACCUUGAGCGCCAAUACGAUGACAUUCUUGCGGAGGAGUCGCGAAUCAAGCGUAAUCCCCGUUUCAGGGACAACCGUGUGCACGUGCUGCUGUACUUCAUCACACCCACCGGUCACGGCCUUCGCGAACUUGACAUUGAAUUGAUGAAGCGUCUGUCUCCUCGUGUCAACGUCAUUCCCGUCAUCGGAAAGGCGGAUUCCCUUACUCCUGCCGAACUGGCCGAGUCGAAGAAGCUGAUUAUGGAGGAUAUUGAGCACUAUCGCAUUCCCGUCUACAACUUCCCCUACGAUAUUGAGGAGGAUGAUGAAGACACUGUGGAGGAGAACGCUGAACUGCGUGGACUGAUGCCCUUCGCCAUUGUUGGCUCCGAGGACUUCGUCGAGAUCGAUAACCGGAAAGUGCGCGCCCGACAGUAUCCGUGGGGUGUAGUCGAGGUUGAGAACCCCCGACACUCCGACUUCCUGGCAAUCCGCAGCGCUCUGCUCCACAGCCACUUGGCAGACCUGAAGGAAAUCACUCACGACUUCCUUUAUGAAAACUACCGUACCGAGAAGCUCAGCAAGAGCGUGGAUGGUGCUGUAUCCGGCCAAGAUUCCAGCAUGAACCCCGAGGACCUUGCCUCUCAGUCUGUCCGCCUCAAGGAGGAGCAGCUCCGCCGCGAGGAGGAGAAGCUGCGCGAAAUCGAACUCAAGGUGCAGCGCGAGAUCGCCGAGAAGCGGCAGGAGCUAUUGGCUCGCGAAAGCCAGCUCAGAGAGAUCGAGGCCCGCAUGGCGCGCGAGGCCAGCCAGGGCAAUGUCAGCGAAGCCAAUGGAGAGGCCUAG